AAUGAGUUCUAUAGAUUACGAUAAAACUUUUGAUGCCACAUUAGUGAAAAAAGAUUAAAUAACACAUGAUACCUAUUUGUUUGGAUUUUAGAGUGAGGUUGAUAUAUAAUUAGAACCAGCUGAACAUUUUCAGAUUUUGUAUAUUUUUAUUCAUUUAUUCAAGAAUGAAAGAUUCAGAUGGAAUUGAUAUAAAUAGAAACUAUACUCCAAUUCUUUCUUAAAAGGUUUGUAUUGAUUUUACAAUUAGAGAUAUUUUGAAGUCCCAAUUAAAAUUUACCCAUCAGGAUCAUUGACUCCAAUUUUAGAAAAAUUGAGUAUCAAUAGUAAAUUAUAAAUGUAAAGAAAAAUUGGGAAGUUAGCCUAUUUGGGAGCUAAUAAGUUUAUAAUAGCGUAAAAUGAUUUUUUUAUUAAGCCCAAAAAUAAAUAAACAAUUUUAAGUUUUUAAAACAAUGUUAAUGAUAUGUGGAGGAACAGGUAUUACACCUGCUUUUUCUAUUAUCAAACAUGUUUGUUAAAAUAAAGAUCCACUUCAAAUGCAUUUAUUAUAUGCCAAUAAAACAUCUAAAGAUAUCUUAUUAAAAGAUUAAUUAUCUAAGUUUCAAAAUGAGUGUUCAAAUUUAAAAGUGACUUAUAUUUUAGAUAAAGAACCAGGAUAUAAUGGAUUAUAAGGGUAUGUAACUUUGGAUGUGUUAAAAUAAGUCUUCCCCUCACCCAAUAAUGAUAUGAUAGGAACAUUUUGUGGACCAACAGCUAUGAAUAAGAUUGUGGCUGAAUUAUAUAAGAACUACAAUAUAUAAACUGUAGUGAAAUUCUGAG